CUCUCGGUCAUGUGGUGUUAAUCCGGGCUCUAGAUCAUGUGAUGUCAAUCCGGGGCUUUUAGUCACGUGGUGCGAUGCUGAGAAAGUUAGCUCGCGUGGCUUUCAGAAACAGAAGGCUUAGUUGUGCUCGUUUGUCUACAAAAAGACAAUAUUUGUCGUAUCCACAAUUUCGGCGCAAGCAACAAGCAGUGCCUGCCGUUUUGUUUGCAUCGUUUGGUGUAGCCUACUGCUUGUCGACAACAAAAAGAGACACAGAUGAAGCUUCACUUGUGAACAAGGCUAACGAACUUUACGAAUCUGGAUUAUGGCAUCAGAUAUACGACCUCCUACUACCUUACUGCAACACUACAAAUCCAGACAUUUUAUGGAGACUGGCCAGAGCUGCAAGGGAUGUAUCACAACUUUCCGAUACACAGAAAAACGAUAAGAAGCGACUCGUUUAUGAAGCAUUAGAGUACGCUACGAGAGCUGUGGAGUAUGGACCAAAUAACUUUGCUUGUCAUAAGUGGUGUGGCAUUGCUCUGUCUGAUGUCGGUGAUUAUGAAGGCACCAAGGCCAAGAUAACUAAUGCCUAUGUAAUAAGAGAUCACUUUCUGAAGGCAAUAGAGCUGAAUCCAAAUGAUUCGACGUCACGAUAUCUUCUUGGGAAAUGGUGCUUUACGCUUGCAGAGAUGCCAUGGUAUCAGCACAAGAUAGCUGCUGCAUUAUUUGCUACACCUCCUUCGUCAACAUACGAAGAGGCACUCAAGCACUUCGAAUUGGCUGAAAAAAACAAUCCUGAUUUCUAUUGUGACAACAAACUGAUGCUCGGUAAGACUCACUUGAGGCUUGGCCACAAGCAGGAGGCGAAGCAGUGGCUCACGAAAACAGUAGCAUAUAACGUCUAUCGACCAGAAGACAAGCAGGUAAAAGUCAAGAUGAAGCAAGGCAACUUCUUCGUUCUCUCUGAAGGUAUUCACUUGGCUUUCCUCCAGUUUUAUUCUGCACUUUUAUGACAGUAGUCUGGCAUAUUGGGAUGUCUGUAGACAAGUAGACGAUCCAUUCGCUUUCUAGUUUGUUUCAAGUUGUUUAUUGACUAGUGUGACAUUCAAGUGGUAGUACAGGAUCAACAUAUCA